AUGAAUGCGCUCACCCCGCUGGACCUGGGCCCGCGCGCCGAGCUGCUGGUCGACAAGCAUGCGGCCUACAUCAAGGGGUUUGCGCGGAUUUGGGAGUCGUCAGACCGCAUCGAGGCAGUUGCCACUGAGCACUUCUGGAUGAGCGGCAUGUACUGGGGGCUGACUGCCAUGGCGCUGCUUGGGCGCCUGGAGGAGAUGGAUACAGACGCGGUCGCCCAGUGGGUGCUCACCUGCCAGAAGCAGGGCGGCGGUUUCGGUGCCAGCCCGCGGAACGACGCACACCUGCUGUAUACAUUGAGCGCGGUGCAGAUUCUAGCCCUGCUGGACAAGCUGGACCUCAUCAACGCUGACGAGGUGGCCGCAUAUGUGGCGGGCUUGCAGCAGGCAGACGGCUCCUUUGUGGGUGACGAGUGGGGCGAGGUGGAUACGCGCUUCUCAUACGCUGCGCUCCUGACUUGCAGCAUCAUGGGGCGGACGGAGGCGGUCAACUUGGGGAACGCGGUGGACUUUGUUCUGGCCUGCAAAAACUUUGACGGCGGCUUUGGCUGCACGCCAGGCAACGAGUCCCACGCCGGCCAGGUCUUCACCUGCAUCGGCGCCCUCUCCCUGGCCGGCGCCCUCGACCGCUGCGACACCGACCUCGUGAGCUGGUGGCUGGCCGAGCGCCAGACGCGCGGCGGCGGCCUGAACGGGCGGCCCGAGAAGCUGCAGGAUGUCUGCUACUCGUGGUGGUGCCUCAGCUGCUUGGCCAUCCUGGGGCGGCUCGGCUGGAUCGACCAGGGAGAGCUCACGCGGUUCAUCCUGUGGUGCCAGGACGAGGAGGACGGCGGCAUCAGUGACCGCGCUGACGACAUGGCAGACGUGUACCACACUUUCUUCGGCAUCGCCGGCCUGGCCCUCAUGGGCCACGAAGGGCUGGCCCCAAUAGACCCGACCUACGCGCUGCCGGUGGACGUCGAGCGCUCCGCGGCGCUGCAGAUGCUGCAGCGCUCCGGCCUCAUGAGCAUCAGCGCUAUCAGGGAGGCGUACUUUGAGAGGGUUGCGCAGGACCUGCAGCAGGCGUCCACCGCCGCGGGCGGCCCCGGCCCCAAGCCGGGCCUGCUGUGGGGCGAGCUCGCGGAGCUGGCGGACGAGCUGGGCGCUGACCUGGAGGCCGACUGGCUGGCAGCCGAGGAGGUGCUGACCACUACGGGGCGCGCCAAAAAGGAGGGAGGGCAGGCCCAGCUGAUGCCGCGCCCGCGGCACCCGGGGGGCGUGAUUGAUGACGAGCCGCCCGUCAAGCGGCCGACAUGGGGCCGCGGCGCCAGCGGCAGCGACGACGAGGAUGAGGAUGGCCCGGGCUUUGAGCAGCAGCAGGAGGACGAGGAGGAGGCGCCGCCCGAGAUCGGCGACAGCCGCCUGCUGGACGCUCUCGCCCGCUCGGCUGGCCUGCCGGGGCUCAGCGCGAGCGCCAUGGACGAGGCCGCGCAGCAGCGCCAGACGCGUGAGAUGGUCAUCGCCGCGCGCCGCCGCGCGGUCGCCGCGCGGCUGGCCGCGACGGAGCUGCGGCCCGGCGCCGCGGGGGCGCCACCGCGGCCGCCGCAGGCGCCAGCGGCGCCGUCGCCAUGGCAGCAGCGGACGCCCGUCGCGCCAGCGCCACCGGGCACGCCGGCCGCUCCCCGGAUUCCCCCUGGCGCGCGGCGGCCAUCUCUGGAAGAGUUCAUUGCCCAAAGGCAAGCCGCCAAGGACGCCGAGCGCCGCCGCGCGCCUGCGGCCCCCGACAAGAUCGCCGCCGCGCGCGCCAGGCUCCGCGCCCUCAGCAGCACGGGCGCCGCCGGCGCGGCGCGCGUCUCGGCGGCGCUCGCGGGCGCGACGGCGCCGCUCGCGCGGCCGCAGCUGCGGCCGCCGGGCAAGGGGGAAGAUCAGGAGGAGCCUUGGGAAGACGAGGAGACAAACGACAAAUCUCCAAAGGACGAGUUUGGAGCGGAGUACUGGAGAAACAUGGCCGCGACCCUUGGCAGCGAGGGCGCCCAGUCAACAGGCGCGCGCGGCGCCGGCGCCGGGGCUGCUUCUCUGCCGCGGCUGCAGGCGGCGCAGCUGGAGGCGGUGCGGCGCGCGGAGCAGGCGCUGAGGGCGGCGGCCGGCGGCGGGCUGGUGCAGCCGGCGCGCCCGGGCGCGCCUGAGGGCAGUGGCGCCGCGUGGCAGCAGGCCAAGCAGCAGCCGCAACAGCAGCAGCAGCAAGAGGGGUCUGAGCAGGAGCAGGAUGGUUGGGCGGCCGAAGACGAGGGAGAGGCAGAGCAGGGCGGUUUUGAUGCGGAGUAUUGGCGCGGGCUUGCUCAGACCAUCGGCAACCAGGGCUCCCCGCCACCAGCCGCCGGCGCCCGCGCAGCGGCGCCAGGCGCGGCCGCCGCGCGGCCGCCUCGGCUGCAGCAGGGGCAGUUCGAGGCGGUGCGGCGGGCGGAGCAGGCGUUGAAGGGCCUGGCGGGCGGGGGCCCCGCGCGGCCGGCGCGGCCGGGCGCCCCGGAGGGCAGCGGCGCGGCGUGGCAGCAGGCGAAGCUGCAGCCCGUCCAGCAGCAAGGCCCGCAGCAAUUGCAGCAGGCGGAGGAUGAGGGCGAGGCAGCUUGGUCGGAGGAGGGUGAGGAGGAGGACGGCGGUGAGUUUGGCGCAGACUACUGGCGCAACAUGGCGGAGUCCUUGAAAAGCGACGGUGGUACCAGCAGCAGCAACAGCAGCAGCAGCAGCCAGCUGCCGCCGCAAGCGCAAGAGGCGCAGCGGCGCGCCGCCGAGCGGCUCAAGGGGUUCGCAGUGGCGCCACUGGCCGGGGCCGCCGUGCGGCCGCCAGCGGUGCGGCCUGGAGCGCCAGUGCCCGCUGCUGGGCAGCAGAGGCAGCGGCAGCAGCCCCUGCAGACCCCGCAGCAGCCAAAGCUUUCUGCGGGGCAGGCGGCUGCGGUGGAUCGCGCCAGCAAGGCUCUGGGUGGCAGCAACCUCAAGCGGCCCCAGCAGCAGCCCAAGAGCCAGCAGCAGCAGCAGCAGCAGGUGGAGGAGCAGGAGGAAGAGUCCUCAUGGGCUGACGAGGGCGAAGAGGAGGAGAUCGACCAGUUUGGCGCUGACUUCUGGCGUGGCAUGGCUGAGUCGAUCGCCAGCGGUGCAGGCGGCAACUCGGGGUCUGGCAAGCAGCAGGCGCCGCAGACGCCGUCAGCCGCGCAGGUGCGCGCCGCUGAGCGGCUCAAGGGAUUGUCAGUGGCAACGGCGGCCCGUGCAGCUGCGCGACCGCCGCCGGCACGACCGGGGGUGCCUGCACAGCAGGAGGAGCAGCGGCGAGAGCGGCGGCGGGAGGGGAAGCCCGCGGGCCAGCAGCAGCAGCAGCAGCCACAGCUAUCGGCAGAGCAGGUUGCGGCGGUCGAGCGUGCCAGCAAGGCUCUAGGCGGCAGCAAUCUCAGGCGCCCUCAGCAACAGCAGGAGCGGCAGGGGAAGCAGCAGCAACAGCAGGAGCAGCAGGAGCAGCACGAGGAGGAGCAGCUCACUACCCAGGAGCAUCAAAAGCAGGUCAAGUCGCAGCUCAGCUACCCGCAGAAGCCUGAGCUGUCAGCAGAGCAGGCGGCUGCCCUGGAGCGAGCCAGCCAAGCAUUGGGUGGCAGCAACCUCAAGCGGCCACAGCAGCACCAGCAGCAUCAGCAGCACCAGCAGCCGAAGCAGCUGUCAAAGCAACCCCCGCCACCCCCGUCUCUGUCGGCCGAGCAGGCUGCGGCGCUGGAGCGCGCCAGCCAGGCGCGGGGCAGCAGCCAGCUGCGUCAGCCACCACCACGGCCCGCUCAGGAUGAGAAUGCCGCCAGCGAGGGCUCGGCCCCUGCCAGCUCGCGCGUUCCAGGGAGAGGCGGCGGCCGCGGGCGCUUUGGCCGGGGCCGCGGCGGCAGGGGCGGCGGCCGCGGAGGUGGCCGCAGCGGCGGGGCGCGCGGCGGCGGCUCCGGCGGCGCCCUGCAGCGAGACGGGGCUGCAUUUGCACCUGUUGCUGGCCAACAGGUGCAAACGUGA